AUGGCAUCACAGCAGAAUCCAGACGUGGAAGCGUCCAACAGCAAAGACUACAUGGCUCACACGACGCUUUCCCAUGAUAAUGAUCCAAAGGACCUUGCUUCAAACGAAGACAUUGUCCGAGUCAUCGACCACGCUGCCGAAAAGAGCUUGGCUUUGAAGUUUGACUUUCGCAUCCUGCCUGUUCUUGCAGUCAUGUACCUGUUCAAUGCUCUCGACAAAGGCAACAUUGGUAACGCCCAAACCAAAGGCCUCAGCAAAGACCUUCACUUCAAAGACGGCCAGUACAACCUCAUCGUCUCCAUCUUCUUCGUUCCCUACGUCAUCUUUGCUCCUCCUCUGGCUAUGCUCGGCAAAAAAUACGGUCCGGCCCGCGCUCUCCCCAUCAUGAUGUUUACGUUUGGCUCCAUGACACUUCUCACAGCAGCCGCUCAAAACUUUGGCGGCAUCUUUGCCCUUCGCUGGUUUCUUGGAAUGGCCGAGGCUGCUUUCUUCCCCACCGUCAUUUACUACCUCACCACAUUCUACCGCCGUGGCGAGCUGGCCAGACGCCUGGCCAUCUUUUAUGCCGCCUCCAACAUUGCCAACGCCUUUAGCGGUCUGCUGGCCUUUGCCGUCUUCCACAUCAAGGACAGCAAGAUUCUCGUCUGGCGCUAUCUCUUCAUUAUCGAAGGUGGCAUCACGGUGCUCUUCUCCUUCUUUGCCUUUUGGUAUCUGCCCAGGAGCGCAAGCGAGGCCAAGUUUCUGAGCAAAGAGGAGAAGGAUCUUGCUUUCCACCGUAUCCAGGUCGAUUCUUCCUCCGUUGUUGACGAAAAGUUCAACUUCAAGGAUGCCAUCAAGAUUUUCAAAUACCCCUCGACAUACGCUUUCCUCGGCAUUGAAAUCUGCCUGGGUGUGCCGCUGCAGUCCGUUUCCCUGUUCCUGCCCCAGAUUAUCCAGCGUCUUCAGCUCGGCACGAUCAAGACCAAUCUCUACACCGUGGCCCCCAACGUCACCGGCGCUGUCAUGCUGCUGUUACUCGCAUUCGCCUCUGACUGGACGCGCUUGCGGUUCCCAUUCAUUAUCCUCGGCUACGUCUUUACCUUUACCGGCUUCAUCAUCUAUGCCGCCAUUGACGACGUCGAGAAGCAACUGCACGUCGCUUACUUUGCCACAUUCAUGAUGUGCUGGGGAACAUCGGCCCCCUCGGUGCUCCUGUCGACCUGGUAUAAUAACAACAUCGCACAUGAAGGCCGCCGCGUCACGCUGACCUCUGUCGGCGUGCCGCUUGCCAACGUCAUGGGUCUCGUGGCGAGCAACAUCUUCCAGCAAAAGGACGCGCCCAAGUACAAGCCCGCGCUGAUCACGGCCGCGUCUUUCGGUGCCGCCGGCGCGACCAUUACCGCGUGCCUCGGUGCGUACAUGAUGUUUGACAAUGCCCGACGCAACCGCCGAGCGGGCAGGAAGAUUGACGCUCGUGAUGUGCCCACGCACCGGCUGCGGGACGGCCUCAGCACAGACGAGUUUAGAUGGUUUCUGUAA